AAACAGGGUAUGUCGACAUACCUCCCAGUUGUAUAAAUGUGUGUCAGUGUGUGUUUGUAAUUCACACCAGCCAAUUAAGUGAGUCCUUUUCCAAGGUGUUGUGUUGAAGAAAUCAUUUCAAUUGGCAGCAGUUUUCUUUUGUCGCUCCAAGAACCAGAAAUCUUCAAGAUAAUCGUCGUUCGGUUUAUAAAUCUGAUUACAUUGAUAUACGUCUGAGAAAAAACAAAAUGAGUGAUGGAGAAAAUGAGUUGGAAGAACAGCUGGAGAAAACUACUCUGGAUGAUGACAGUGGAGAAGAAGAGGAGGAGAACGAGGAUGAAUAUGAUUACGAUUUGAUCGUAAUUGGCGGUGGUUCGGGUGGUCUGGCCUGCGCCAAGGAGGCUGUGGCCAAUGGUGCCAAAGUUGCCUGCUUGGAUUAUGUUAAACCAACUCCCUUGGGUACCAAAUGGGGUAUUGGCGGUACUUGUGUCAAUGUUGGCUGUAUUCCCAAGAAGUUGAUGCAUCAAGCUUCAUUGUUGGGCGAAUCCAUUCAUGAAGCCACCGCCUAUGGCUGGGAAAUUCCCAACAAAGAGGCCAUCAAGCCCAAAUGGGAAAAUCUGGUACAGGCUGUACAAAAUCACAUCAAAUCCGUUAACUGGGUGACACGCGUGGAUUUGCGUGACAAGAAAGUAGAAUAUAUCAAUGGUGCCGGUUCCUUCAAGGAUCCCCACACCGUUGUUGCCAAAAUGAAGAACGGCUCUGAACGCACUCUUACCGGUCGCAAUGUUGUCAUUGCCGUUGGUGGCCGUCCCCGUUAUCCUGAUAUUCCCGGUGCCGUUGAGUAUGGCAUUACCAGUGAUGAUCUUUUCAGUUUGGACAAAGAACCCGGCAAGACUUUGGUUGUUGGUGCUGGCUACAUUGGCUUGGAAUGUGCCGGUUUCCUUAAGGGUUUGGGCUACGAUGCCACCGUCAUGGUGCGUUCCAUUGUUUUACGUGGUUUCGAUCAACAAAUGGCCAACAUGGUUGCCGAUUCCAUGGUUGAACGUGGCAUUCCCUUCUUGCACAAAACCAUUCCCAAAUCGGUGGAGAAAACCCAAGAUGGCCGCCUUUUGGUGAAAUAUGUCAACACAGAGACCCAAGAAGAAGGCAGUGAUGUCUACGACACCGUUUUGUGGGCCAUUGGCCGUAAGGGUUUGGUUGAUGAUUUGAAUUUGGGCGCUGCCGGCAUUGAAGUUAAGGCCGAUAAAAUUGCUGUCAACGAAGCUGAACAAACCAAUGUACCACACAUCUUUGCCGUUGGUGAUAUUAUUCAUGGUCGUCCAGAAUUGACCCCCGUUGCCAUACACGCUGGUCGUUUAUUGGCUCGUCGUCUGUUUGGUGGUUCCAAACAAAUCAUGGACUACACAGAUGUGGCCACCACAGUGUUUUCACCCUUGGAAUAUGCCUGUGUCGGUAUGGCUGAGGAGGAUGCCAUCCAGAAAUUUGGUGAAGAUAACAUUGAAGUGUUCCAUGGUUUCUACAAACCCACGGAAUUCUUUAUUCCCCAAAAGAGUGUACGUUAUUGUUAUGUUAAGGCUGUGGCCGAACGUAGUGGCGAUCAAAAGGUGUUGGGUCUCCAUUAUCUGGGACCUGUUGCCGGUGAAGUUAUUCAAGGUUUUGCUGCUGCUGUCAAGUCCGGCCUUACCAUGAAAAUCCUAUUGAACACUGUUGGUAUCCAUCCCACCACCGCUGAAGAGUUUACCCGUCUGGCCAUCACAAAACGCUCUGGCUUGGAUCCCACUCCCGCCUCCUGCUGCAGUUAAACACCAUACCAUUUUUUUUGUAAUUCUAUAUCUCGGUAGUAACUGAUUCAUCUGAAGCGUUCAAUGUUCGUCGUGCUACUAAUUAGUUUUCUUUUUCAAUUCCAUUUAUACACAUGUAUCCACCGCCCGCUCAGUAGAACUGACUGUGGCAUAACAACAAUCGAUGCCUUACAGCAGUUUAGAAAUCAUUUUUAAUUUUAAUAUCCCAGGAUUGGUUUUUCAUAACAAUUAGUCUUUUUCCCUUUGAAAUUAUUUUGAUAGUAAUUUUGUUACGUUAUUGUACGCUGUGUCUAGAGCUGUAUAGCAAAUGUAACUAAGCUUAAAUUUAUAUAGAAAUUCACAAUGUGAAGGAAAUCAGCUAAUAAUUUGUAAUAAGAACAAGAACACCACAAACAAUUUAAUAAUAAAAAAGAAAAAAAUGUUUUUAAAAAA